UGGGUGUUACGAGAAUCGACCAAUCAAGUAGCGGCAUGCAACUGCAGCGAAGAUUUGAACGGGAGUGUGUAUUGUAUGUAUUCUCGUUCUCAAUUUAUGUGAUUAUUCAGUAGUAUUGCUUUACAGUGAGUGUAUGCAAGGAGGUGGAAAAUGACAUACUUCCAAAGGCUUGACUGUGCAGAACAACUCGAAGAACAGCUCCAGAAGUUACACCAAAUAUGGGAUGAAAUAGGUUAUGGCGAGGAAGAUAAAGUGUCCAGGGAAAAACAAGUAAAGAAACAUCUUCUGCACAUGUUUGAAGAUAUGGUUUUAGAAGAAGAUAAUGCCAAGGAGCAAAUUAUCAAGUCCAUUGAAGAUCUUUUAAAAGAGGCAGAACAGUUGGGUUCAGAAAUUGGAGUAAAAAUUCCUGUUGAUAACAAUGAAUAUGAAAUGCUUCCACUGUGUCAAGUUGAGGAAGAUCUAACAAAAAAAGUCUCUGAAUACAGGGAAUUGAAGCAAGAGAGGUUGUCAUAUUAUGCCAAGCUCAGGGCAAAGGAAAAAGAAUUGUGUGAGCGUUUGGGUCUAGAAGAUGUUUACGAAAUACCAAAUGCUGUACCUUCAGAGGAGCAGCUAUCUCAGUUUGAAGUGUACAUUAAAUUUAAAGCUGAUGAAAAGGAUCGACUCACCAAUUUUUUCUACCAAACAAGGUCAAGCAUAAUGGAAAUAAUGAGGGAGCUGGAAAUGACUCCUUUAUUGGAUUUUGAGAAGAAAGUAGUAUGUGAAGAUGAAGAUUCAUUUAAGCUAUCAAAAGAGAAUAUAGCUAAACUAAAAGAAUUGCAUAACGCCCUGGUUCAGAAGCUAGAAGACACAAAGGCCUUGUCAAUGGAACUUCGGGAGAAACUCUGCAAAUUGUGGGACCGGCUUCAUGAGAGCUUUGAUGCACGGACUGCAUUUCUCGAUGCACAUAGUGGCUAUUCAGUCAAAACUAUAGAAGCUCUCAAAACUGAAAUAACACGUUGCGAAGAAAAAAAGCGACAGAACAUAAAGAUUUUCGUGGAGAAUAUUAGGCAAGAAAUUCAUAACCUCUGGGACAAAUGUUGCUUUGGUGAAACUCAAAGGCGCAAGUUCAUACCUUAUUUUUCUGACUGUUAUACAGAGGAUUUACUUGGAUUGCAUGAACUUGAAAUAGAAAGAUUAAAAAAGUUUUAUGAUACAAACAAGCCUUUGUUUCAGUUAAUGGAGAAGCGUCAAAAACUUUGGGAGAAAAUGAUUGCCUUGGAAAGUAAAGCUAAUGAUAGAGAUCGUUUGUUUAACAACCGUGGAGGUCAGUUACUUCGGGAAGAGAAGGAAAGAAAAGUUAUACAGAAGGAAUUACCAAAAAUAGAAGAGGAAAUUUCACACCUGGUGAAGAGUUAUGAAGAAACAAACCAUGAACCAUUUUUAUUCUAUGAUCAGAAGCUGUCCUCUCUCAUUGAAGACCAAUGGAAUAAACAUCAAGAGGAGAAGAAAAUUGCAAGAAAAACACGGGGUGCAGAGACAGAAUUCAGGCCACCAAUCAAAAGGAAAGCUGGUGUGGCAGCUUGCUCUUCAAGUUCAAAAGUGACUCCAAUAAUAAACAGAAGCAAAAACAUGAAGGUGACUCGAACUCUGUUUCCUCUUGUGGAGAAUGGUCAUCUACAGAAUACUGGUACUACUCACACCCUGAAAAGCCAACCAAGUGUCAUGCACGUGCAUGACGAGAGCAUUGCUUCUACAACAUACGCUGACUUUGAGUCUCAUCUGGAUACUGCUGAUGCAAGGACACUCCGCAGUUCUCUAAAGAGGCGAUGUCUAAGAGAUCGUAAUGAUGCAUCUUCACGUCCACAUACACCUGCAUCAACUUGCAAAAGUACUUCUUCUGUUUCACGGUCGAAAAUGGGCUUCCAUCAGCAAAGAACAAAUGGUACAAUAACACCUUCGUUACGACGUGUACGAACUCCUGUGCGUACUCCUCUGCGGACACCACCUUCUUCAGCCAGUCGAUCGUGUCGACUUACAUCAGCCCAGAGGGGGAAAUUACCAAUUAUAAUUUGAUAAAAUACGUAAAACAAUUGUACGAAUUUGUAAUCUUUUGUCUGUGUCCAUACAUUUAAAUAAGUGUUUUUCUAAUUUAGUUUUGUAACAUAUUUUUAUAUUUUCUUGCACAGAAAAAUAUUAGAAGAAAAUUCACACAUAAUUACAGCUGAUAAACGUGUUUGUUGCAGUAUUUUAUCAGCAAAACUCGGAGAUGGGUUAUGUUGAUACACACAUACCAUCAUUUGUGAAACUAACUGGCAUAUACUGUAGUUCACUGUUGAAAUUGUCUGUUGGAAAUUAUCAGUGCAAAUAUCAUCUCCAUCAUACAGUGAAAUACAAAUUUUACAUUCAUUUCAAGGCCUGUCAUAUUUUACUGUGAUCUCUUUUUAAAAAUUUUACUAGCUUCAUUGUUUACUAUUGUAAUUAGCAUUUUUAUAUUGUUUACAUACAAUUUUGGUAGUAUUUUGAUGUGCCAUAAAUUUGCCAUAACAUUUUAUUGGGAUGAAUGUAUCAGUAUCAUCUGCGCUUACGGAACUCUAACAUUAUAUCAUACACAUGUCUCCCACAAUGUAGUAUCAGUUGUUCUACUUAAUUCUGAACUAUUUUCAGUCUCGCGUCUAAUGUAAAAUCUCAGUUUCACUGUACAUACAGAAAAUCAUACGACACUGUUGUAUUUAUGUUUUUUGUCUCUGGCUUUUUUAUGCAAACCUAUCAACAUGUGUGUAGUCUCGGAGGAUUAUUAGCGUCAUGUUAAUGUCUUUCAGCAUGCUGUUGGCACGGCAGCAGUAAUGGCAAUAACUUCAAUACAUGGUUGAUGCCGUUAUCAAUAAUAUUGUGUAAAUAUCUCUAGAUCUCUUAUACUAGGUAUAUAUUCUAUGUAAUGUUAAAUUUCUAUAUUCAUUAUGUAAUAUGUCUUCCAUUCUGAUCUUUAUGAUAUGAUGUAAAGGAUAUGAAGAAUUAAAAUUUUUCUGGGACAUUGCUUUAUUUUCUUUAAAUAAUUUUUUUUUUCUUUAAAUAGUGCAAUAAUGUAAUUUACUGGAAGUUAACCUGUAUUUGAUGGAAACAUUGGUAGAAGUGUCAUUGAAUAGAAAGUGCAUGGACUUUACUUUUUUUGCUAUUAGUUGUGGCUGUGAUGAGUUGCAGGUCGUUGAAAUACUAUUAGCAUUGUUGUGAAGUAAACGUGAAUAAAUGAUUGCCUGUGAUCUAAUUUUGCAGUGCACUGAAACAGUGAUUGACUAACUUCUUUUGGGAUUUUUGUUUUCUAGUAUCUUAGGUUAUUCUAAAAAUUUAGUAUUUACUUUCAUAUUUAAUAUCUGUGACACUCUGUUUUUGUUCAGUAAAAGCAGUAUUAAAAUUUUUAUUACUU